UGAACCGGUUAGGGGAGAUCCGAAACGACCAUGACCCAAACAACACGUUUGAGGGAGACAACAAUGUCAUACUACAACAGACCAGCCUAUAUCUGUUGUCAUUUCUUGAGGAUGCCACUUCAGGUAGAUCAAUAAAAACUCCCUUGGGGUCUGUGAACUUCCUGUCUGAUUUACCCAGAAGGCUUCAGUCCAAGUUUACAGCUGGCAGUAUCGCAGAAUGCCUAGAUCCCACAGUGACCCUAGAAGCUUACAAAUGGCUGGUCUGCUAUCUGCUGGUGGAGAGCAAUCGACGGCUCACUGAGCAGACGCAGGCGGGAAAAGAUUCCUUCACUGCGCGGAAUGACAGUCAAGCUUAUUACUGUCGGUCGCUGGCACUAGCUUACAUCGAGCAUGACGUUCUGGAACGGUUUGUGAAAGCCACACGAGAAAAGAACGAUGAGCCAACUCCAGAAAAACUCCGACCUGUCUUAAACAAACUGUGUGCACUCUUCGGCUUGUGGAGUAUUGAAAAGCAUAUAGCAACAUUGUAUCAAGGCGGGUACAUAGUGGGUGGUGACCCACCUUGGUUCAUCAAAGAAGCCAUCUUGCAACUUUGCCAGGAAAUUAAGCCUGAUGCUGUGUCACUUGUGGACGCUGUAGCUCCCCCAGACUUCAUCUUGAACUCUCCCAUUGGAAGUUCAGACGGGCAGAUUUACAAGAACUUGUACGGAGCCAUGAUGCAAGGCAGCAAGGCACUGGAGAGAGCCACCUACUGGAGAGAGGCCGUAACUCCGCCGACAAAGUUACCCCAAGCCAAGUUGUGA